GAAAGAGCCCCAAAUCGCUUUGUCGCCGAGUUCCCCACCAAAAAUUACAGAAGUAGGAACAGCAGCAGCAGCGACAGCAGCAGCAGUAGCAAUGGAGCCUGAAACAGUGUAUUAUCCACUUUUAAAUACAGAAGAUUCGAUUUCAAGAAGAAGUCUGUCCGUCUUAACUUUAUUCCACAUGUGUUCAUUGCCAACCAACGAUGAUGCGCAGGUGCGCCGUAGAAAUGAUGCUUUUGAAGUAAUACCAUCAUCAACAGCAGCAACAACAGCAGAAAGUGAAGGCGAGACUCAGCAGGCUACUAUUUUUAGAUUUAUUAUGUUGAUUUUAGAUGGAUUAGUUGAUAUGCAAAGUCGCCAGCAAUUUCAGUCACUGCUGCAAACUCAACCAAAAGAAAGGUAUAACACGUUCAAGAAAAGCCUAAAGAAGACAGGAUUUGGUGUAGUCAUGCGUAUGAGACCUGUAUUUACAGAGGAGGAAGAAACGUUGCUUAUGCCAGCCAUCAAGCAAAGUUACCAUAGCCAGCACAUUCUACAGAUACUCCAAUCUGUAUCGCUUGGAAAUCCGCGCAUUCGUCAUCAGAAAAAAGAAGAACUUUACUUUUAUUAAAACCAUUCAAUUGCUUGUGUUGCUAUUUUUGUAUCGAAACAUGAUAGUGGCUUGAUUUCCGCACAACGUAAGCCAAGAAUCCAAUUUUCAAAAUGCAAAAGACCUAGGCAUUUAAUAUUAGGGAAAGCGAGGUUCAGCAAGCGUAAUAAGUUAUUAAAAAAUAAACCCCAUCAUGAACGAGGGCUAUUUUCUUUUCUUUUUUUUUUUGUUGGUUACAAUAUUGAAUGCACGAA